AUGGCCCUGCCUCUCCUGUGGGCGCUGCUGCUGGCCUUGGGGCUCUGGCGACUGCUCCGAGCCUCUGCCCGGGACCCCUCCCCGGCCCCGAGGUGGCCCCCCGGGCCUCGCCCGCUGCCCGUCCUGGGGAACCUGCACUUGCUUCGGGUGUCACAACAGGACCGGUCGCUGAUGGAGGUGGCACAGCCUGCAGGCUCUGGCGGUGAAGGGGAGCUGGCAGUGAACAAGUGCACGGCUCCCUCAGGGCCACCCUCUGAGGGGCCAUGGGCGAAGGUCCUGUGGGCAGCUGUCCUGCCCUGUGGCCGGGGCUGUGUGGCCUGUACGUGGGGACUGCAGCCCAGGGCUGAAGUGGCCCUGCCCACCUUCCCUAGGGUGGACCCCGCCUGGCUGCGGGCCUUGUGGCUGGGCAGCAGCCGGACAGCAGGACAGCCCUGGCUCCCGCUGUCGGAGCGCUACGGGCCGGUGUUCACUGUACACCUGGGACGCCAGAAGACCGUGGUGCUGUCGGGCUAUGAGGCAGUGAGGGAGGCCCUGGUGGGCAGCGGGCAGGAGCUGGCUGACCGGCCACCCAUCCCCAUCUUCCAGCUCAUCCAGCGAGGCGGGGGCAUCUUCUUCUCCUCGGGGGAGCCCUGGAGGGCCGCCCGCCAGUUCACCGUGCGCGCCCUGCACAGCCUGGGGGUGGGACAGGGGCCCAUGGCUGACACGGUUCUGCAGGAGCUCGCCUGUCUCUCGGGGCAGCUGGAUGGCUACAGAGGCCAGCCCUUCCCCCUGGCCCUGCUGGGCUGGGCUCCCUCCAACAUCACCUUCGCCCUCCUCUUCGGCCGGCGGUUCGACUACCAGGACCCUGUGUUUGUGUCCUUGCUGGGUCUCAUCGAUGAGGUCAUGGUCCUCUUGGGGUCACCCAGUAUACAGCUGUUCAACACCUUCCCCCGGCUGGGGACGACACUUCAGCUGCACCGGCCCGUCCUGAAGAAGAUCGAGGAGAUGCAGGUCAUCCUGAAGUCCGUCCUGGACGCUCGGAGGACUGCCCUGUCCAGGGGUGGCCCCGUGCGGAGCUAUGUGGACGCCCUCAUCCAGCAGGGCCAGAGGGACGACCACGGGGGCCUGUUUGCCGAGGCCAACGCCCUGGCCUGUGUGCUGGACGUGCUCAUGGCUGGCACGGAGACCACCUCGGCCACGCUGCAGUGGGCCGUCCUCCUGAUGGCCAGGCACCCAGACGUGCAGGGCCGCGUGCAGGAGGAGCUGGACUGUGUGCUGGGCCCCGGGCGGCUGCCCCGGCCGGAGGAGCAGCGGUCCCUGCCCUACACCAGCGCGGUGCUGCACGAAGUCCAGCGGUUCAUCACACUCCUGCCCCACGUGCCCCGCUGCACGGCGGCCGACACCCGGCUGGGCGGCUACCUGCUCCCCAAGGGCACGCCUGUGAUCCCCCUGCUGACCUCGGUGCUGCUGGACAAGACGCAGUGGGACACACCAGGACAGUUCAACCCGGGUCACUUCCUGGAUGCAGAGGGGCGCUUUGUGAAGCGGGCGGCCUUCCUGCCUUUCUCUGCAGGCCGCCGAGUCUGCGUCGGGGAGAGCCUGGCCAGGACGGAGCUCUUCCUGCUGUUCGCUGGCCUCCUGCAGCGGUACCGUCUGCUGCCACCACAGGGGGUCAGCCCGGCCACCCUGGACACCAAGCCCGCCCCGGCCUUCACUAUGCGGCCACAGGCCCAGGCCCUGCGUGCGGUGCCCAGGUCCUAGGCUGCUCCACGGCAACCCACCAGAAGCCACCCUCCCGCCCCAGCACCCCAGCCUUGCCCAGCUCGGGGGGGCCUGGCGAUGGCCCUGAGGACAAGUGACAGCCACCACCGGCUGUGUGCCAGCAGACAGCGUCCACUGUGUGGCUGGGCCACUCUGUUCAGUGUGGAGGCAGGACCCUCGUCCGGGCACCAUGGUUGGACAGAGGGACAGGACAGGCAGCCCCCUGACCACCCCAACAGCCCCAACCCAGGUCUGUCCUCAAGGUCCCAGGCCCUUCCCAGCCUCCUACACCCCAAAU